AUGAGAUUGCUGAACGCCAGUACAUACGAGUUUCACGUCGUUCUUGGUCCGAGAAAACCGAAGUACGCAAUACUAUCGCAUACGUGGGAAAACGAUGAGGUGCUGUACGAGGAUAUGCGGGAUACACCAAAGUCUGACUGGAGUGCAAAGAAAGGUUACUUCAAGAUCAAGAAAGCAUGUGCGCAAGCCUUGCAAGACGGAUGCGAUUUUGUAUGGAUUGAUACUUGCAAUAUCAACAAAGACAGUAGUGCCGAGCUCUCAGAGGCCAUCAACUCUAUGUUCAGAUGGUACAGAGACGCCACUAUCUGCUACGCCUACAUCUCUGACAGCGUAACUGGAGACGACGAGUCUUUUUCCCAAUGUCGAUGGCUCACUCGAGGCUGGACACUCCAGGAGAUGAUUGCCCCUGAUCGUGUGCAUUUUUAUGACAUGAACUGGAGUUUUCUAGGCAGCCGCAUUUCUCUUGCGACACACCUUCUUUCACCAGCUACUGGAAUCCACACAGCUGUACUGUUACGGAGACAUCGGCCUCAUGUGGAAUCAAUGCUUGAGAAGUUCAGCGUAGCGCAAAAGAUGAAGUGGGCUUCGAAACGAACUACCACACGUGAGGAAGAUAUAGCUUACUGCCUCAUGGGGCUGUUCGACGUGAACAUGCCUUUGUUGUAUGGCGAAGGUAGUAAAGCUUUCUAUCGACUACAGCAGGCUAUCCUUGCAAUAUCCUGAUUGCGCUAGGAUCGCAAUUUGAUGAUCUUGACUUGCUGGAUUACCUUGGGGCGAUUGAUGGCUGACAGUGAACUCUAUAUCUUCAACGAUCGCAAUACGAAUUCAACCAAUCUUCUCACCGAGCCAAAACCUCGAUCCCAUCUUACUGAGCCUCCACUUCACCCUCUUGCACACUGGUCACCACACCCUUAAGCAUCCUCUCCCAGAUCCUCCUCACAACCCUAAACCCCUCAGCCCACUCAUCGUAAUCUUCCACCGUACCAAAAUUCAACCACUUCCCAUCUCUCGCUCCAACAUACUCCA